ACUUGACCUUAUUGCUUUUAGCCUGCUGGCUUUAUAUCUAUUUAUUUAUUUUAUUUUGGUUUGUACCCAAAGAGGGGCUUGAAGGAAAUGAAUUUUGAACCAGCACCUUUCACCACCUUGCAGUACUACCCUGAUCCCUGCAUCCAGCGGUUUGUAGAAACUCCGAGCCACUUCUCCUGGAAGGAGAGUUACUACCGAUCGACCAUGUCACAGAGCUCGCAGCCCAGGGAAUUCCUCAGCCCAGAGGUGCUCCAGCAUAUCUGGGACUUCCUGGAACAGCCAAUAUGCUCGGUUCAGCCGAUCGAUUUAAACUUCAUCGAUGGCCCAUCUGAAAAUGGCCCUACAAACAAAAUAGAGAUUAGCAUGGACUGCGUCCGGGUGCAGGACACAGAGCUGAAUGACCCAAUGUGGCCGCAGUACACAAACCUGGGGCUCCUGAACAGCAUGGACCAGCAGAUCCAGAAUGGCUCUUCCUCUACCAGCCCCUACAACACGGAGCACGCGCAGAACAGUGUCACGGCCCCCUCGCCUUACGCCCAGCCCAGCUCAACUUUUGACGCCCUCUCGCCCUCCCCAGCCAUCCCUUCCAACACAGACUACCCAGGACCUCACAGCUUUGAUGUAUCAUUUCAACAGUCCAGCACAGCAAAGUCAGCAACGUGGACGUAUUCCACCGAACUGAAAAAGCUGUACUGCCAGAUCGCCAAGACAUGUCCCAUCCAGAUCAAAGUGAUGACCCCACCGCCUCAGGGAGCCGUCAUCAGGGCUAUGCCAGUCUACAAGAAAGCUGAACAUGUCACUGAAGUGGUCAAACGCUGCCCGAACCACGAGCUGAGCCGGGAGUUCAACGAGGGCCAGAUUGCGCCGCCCAGCCAUCUGAUCAGGGUAGAAGGCAACAGCCAUGCCCAGUAUGUAGAAGACCCCAUCACCGGGAGGCAGAGUGUGCUGGUCCCCUACGAGCCGCCCCAGGUUGGUACAGAGUUCACGACAGUCUUGUACAACUUCAUGUGUAACAGUAGCUGCGUGGGAGGGAUGAACCGUCGCCCGAUCCUCAUCAUUGUGACACUGGAAACCAGAGAUGGGCAAGUCUUGGGCCGCCGAUGUUUCGAAGCCCGCAUUUGCGCUUGCCCAGGCAGAGAUCGCAAAGCAGAUGAGGAUAGCAUCCGCAAGCAGCAAGUCUCCGACAGCACAAAGAAUGGUGAUGGUACGAAGCGCCCUUUUCGACAAGGAACUCACGGCAUACAGAUGACAUCCAUCAAAAAAAGACGUUCCCCAGAUGAUGAGCUCUUAUACUUGCCAGUGAGGGGACGGGAGACAUACGAAAUGCUACUAAAGAUCAAGGAGUCCCUGGAACUAAUGCAGUACCUUCCCCAGCACACGAUUGAGACCUACCGGCAGCAGCAGCAGCAGCAGCACCAGCACUUGCUCCAGAAGCAGACCUCCAUGCAGUCACAGUCAUCCUACGGCUCCAACUCUCCACCGCUCAGCAAAAUGAACAGCAUGAACAAGCUGCCCUCGGUCAGCCAGCUAAUUAACCCCCAGCAGCGCAAUGCCCUGACCCCAACCACCAUCCCCGACGGCAUGGGAACCAACAUUCCCAUGAUGGGCACCCACAUGGCCAUGACCGGCGACAUGAAUGGCCUCAGCCCCACACAGGCGCUGCCUCCUCCCCUCUCCAUGCCUUCAACAUCCCACUGCACCCCCCCUCCUCCGUACCCCACAGACUGCAGCAUCGUCAGCUUCUUAGCGAGGUUGGGCUGCUCAUCCUGUGUGGAUUAUUUCACGACCCAGGGGCUGACCACCAUCUAUCAGAUUGAGCAUUACUCCAUGGAUGAUCUGGUGAGCCUCAAGAUCCCGGAGCAGUUCCGCCAUGCCAUCUGGAAGGGCAUCCUGGACCACCGGCAGCUCCAUGACUUCUCCUCCCCUCCCCACCUCCUGCGCACCCCCAGCGGCGCCUCCACUGUCAGCGUGGGCUCCAGCGAAACCCGGGGGGAGCGGGUCAUCGACGCGGUCCGCUUCACGCUCCGGCAGACCAUUUCCUUCCCGCCCCGCGACGAGUGGAACGACUUCAACUUCGACAUGGAUGCCCGACGCAACAAACAGCAACGCAUCAAGGAGGAAGGGGAGUGAGUUCCGCAAACCCCGCUCCACCCCGCCUCGGCCACAAACUGCUCAGCCCUUCACUUGUCUUCCUUCUGCUUGGUACUGCACCCCUGGACAAAGGGCGGAGGGAACCUUCUUGCUCACUCAUGCUAGGUUAUGCCCUUGAUGCUGUCUAGGUCAUACUCCUGGACCGCGACCUCCACCCCAGCUCUUGCAAGGGGAAGAGCUGAGCGAAGGGGGAAGGCGGGUGGUAUUUCCUUGAAAGCCGUUGACCUUCUCGAGAAGGCAUUGUUCUUGUUUCAUGUUUUCCUUUGGGGAGAGGGCUUCUUUUCUUGACUCUUGAAUCUUCACACACCUUGUGGGCAUCCUGACCUGCAGACUUGUCUCUCUCAUCCAACAAUCCCGCUUUGAAAAGCAGGAAGGUUAAAAUAAAUCUUUAAAAAGCCAAAAACACCCCAUCCCACCCCCCCAAACCAAAUGCAAAAAACCCAAAGCCACCAAACCCUGAUCUGGCUGUUCAUCCAAAAAAUAAAUGGGAAUCGGUCUGCUGAACGUUGCACUUAAAGAGCCUCUUCCCACGGAGCUGAGUGCUCUGUUCAUGUGUAAUAUUCUCCAGCGGAGAUAGCACAUGCACUUUGCUGGGCAGGCCAGCGCUUACAGACACCUGCAACCCACUUUUUCCUUUUCCCUCGCCUUCUCUGGGAAAAACCAAACCUGCUGUCUCUUCUUGUUUUGAAUUUACAUUCAUGUGUAUGUCCUGGUUUGCUUGUUUCAGGAUAAAAAUGCAAAUACAGCCAUUGGUCACUCUUGAAUUCUGCCCCCCACCCAACCUUUAGCCAUUCUGUACUACUACUGACAUUUAAGCUAGAGAAUUAGGCUUUGCCACAUAUGCAGCCUGGUUAGUUUAGCAUAAGGAUUUGCCUGCCUAGCCUCCAGUUGAACAGAGGACCAACUGAGAGCUGCACACUGAUUUGUAGGGCUUCAGCUAUCCUAAACCCAGACAAUCUUUUAUUUAGACCAUGCUAGAUUGUUUUCCUGCCAAGUAAAGUAGAACUGUCUUUAGAUAUAUCUGUAAUAGGCUGGAGCCUGUUGUGGUUUGUUGCUGGUGACUAUAGACUAAGUGAUGAGCAACUAGAAGUGGAGAGUAAAAAAAGAAAGAGAUUUCCAACUGCCUUGGAACAAGGACCAAUUCCUGGUAGUAUGAGUGUUGCUACUGCAAAAAGUCAUGUUUACAUGAGAAAUUUAUUUUUCUCUGUUUUUUCUUUAUUGGUUCUACAGCAGCUGUGCUCUGAGGCAUUUCCUCUGACUGCCAGUGAUCCUGUGGACAAGUAACUGAACAGAGUGCAUGUUUUCACAUUUAUAUUGGCCAAGGUAGUGAGACUCUAACGUAUACAAAACAAACCUAAACUGAGGAGCUCGGCUCAGUGCAGCUGCUUUCAAGCUGGCUUGCUCUUUUUUAACAGUAAGCCUGCCUUUUUUUUGGCUGGGGAAAGAUGAAAAAAGCAGCUUAAAUGACUUGUCAUCCUACCUUGCUACAACUAAAUAAUCUCGUUUCAAUGCAGUGGCUGUUUUCUGGGCCCUGCUGUGUGCCACGUAUUUCAUUUAAGUCCAAUAUUGUUAGCAUCCUCCUCCAUCUGUCUGUUGUGCCAGGUCUAUGUUGCAUUCAAAGACUGCCUUUUGGUAACUGUGCAAGCAUAUUUUGGAUAGCUCUAAAUGGUAAUGCAAGAUGGUUACCCUGUAAAGUCUGUGUAUAUAAAUAUUUUUUUGUAUGUGUAAUUUUUGUUUCCUACAGCAUAACAUGCCAAUUUUUAUUUCUUCUUGGGCUACCGGGUCUGACAGAACCACAAUAAAAUGUUGUUUGUUUUUCUGUUUUUUUAAUUAUUAUUUUUAUGCAGAACGCUUACAGUAUACCUUGUAACAAAUGAUUCGUCACUGGACAAAUAUAUUUGUAUUUUUCAUACUGA